AUGUUAGCAAUUUUUGGAACACCAUGGGCAUCUCUCCUACGUGCAUCUCGGAAGCAAAUGGAUUUAGUGGGGGAAUUUGGCGCUAUUUAUGCUUCCCCUAUACCGGCUUCUCGUGAUGGUUUAUGGGAGCAUUUAGCUCAUCUCCGCAAUACUAUUUCCAUCCCUUGGCUCAUGAUAGGUGAUUGGAAUGAGGUAGUGCAACCUGGAGAGGUUAGGGGAGGGGAAUUUCUGCCGGUCAGAGCUGCAAGGUUUGCUUCAGUUCUUGAUAAUUGUGGUAUGGUGGAUCUGGGCAUGACUGGUGGGAAAUAUACUUGGUUCAGAAAACGUAACAAUCGGAUAAUUUUAUCCAAGAGGCUGGAUCGUGGCAUGGGUGAUGCAGCGUGGCGGCUUGCAUUCCCGGAGGCUUAUGUCGAGGCCCUAAACCGUGUUCAUUCGGAUCAUUGCCCCCUUUUGGUGCAUUUUAAUGCGUCGAUUGCUGUGGGAAAUAACAGACCAUUCUGCUUUGUUGCUGCGUGGGCUGAUCACCCGGAAUACAAAGAUGUCGUGGACAAGGCCUGGGUCGGUGGUGACCGUGCUAUCGCUGAAAAGUUGGACAAAGUUCGAGCAGGCUCCUGUACUUUCAACAAAGAGGUCUUCGGCAACAUCUUCAGGCGCAAGAGAUGGGUAGAAGGCAGGCUUCGAGGUGUGCAACGGGAGCUCAAUCACCAAGUAACCUCUUCUAUGACCCGCUUGGAAGCUGAAUUGUAG